ACACACAAUGUGAGCCCCGCAAAGAAAGACUUAAAACUAAUUGCAUCAUAAAAUGCUACACUCCACAUUUUCUCGUCUUCUUUCUUGUUGAAUUCUGCAUCAACCAAAACUAAUUAGCAAGCCCAUAAAAUAUGAUUCUUGAUAAAUAUGUAUUGCGCUACAUCUUUAGUUUUCUUGUUGGGCCUCUUGUCUUGAUACUCAGCUUCCUAUUAUGGAGAAGAGAGAAACAUGGUGUUGGUGAUGUUAAUGAUGUUAAUCAAGUUACUGGAGAUGAGUGGUCGGAAAAAGUUGCCGGAAGUGCUGAUGACAUCAUCAUUGUCGGAGCUGGGGUUGCCGGUUCUGCACUUGCUUAUACUCUGGGCAAAGACGGCCGGAGAGUACAUGUCAUUGAAAGAGACUUGACUGAGCAAGACAGGAUUGUUGGUGAACUUCUACAGCCUGGAGGCUAUUUAAAAUUAAUUGAAUUAGGCCUCGAGGAUUGUGUGAAUGGAAUUGAUGCGCAGCGAGUUUUUGGAUAUGCCCUUUACAUGGAUGGUAAAAAUACGCGACUUUCAUAUCCGUUGGAAAAAUUUCAUUCAGAUGUAGCUGGUAGAAGUUUUCAUAAUGGGCGUUUCAUACAGCGAAUGAGGGAGAAAGCUGCCUCACUUCCAAAUGUACGGAUGGAACAAGGAACUGUGACAUCUCUGGUUGAGAACAAGGGAACUAUAAAAGGAGUGCACUACAAAAACAAGAAUGGCCAAGAACUCUCAGCAUACGCUCCUCUAACAAUUGUUUGUGAUGGUUGUUUCUCUAAUCUUCGACGUUCCUUGUGUGAUCCGAAGGUCGAUGUGCCAUCAUGUUUUGUUGGUCUGAUUUUGGAAAAUAUUGAUCUUCCAUACAUCAACCAUGGACAUGUUAUUCUGGCCAAUCCUUCACCGAUCUUGUUCUACAAAAUUAGUAGUACCGAGGUUCGCUGUUUAGUUGAUGUGCCUGGACAAAAGGUGCCUUCUGUUGCCAAUGGUGAAUUAGCUCAUUAUCUGAAGACAGUUGUUGCUCCUCAGAUUCCCCCUGAACUAUGCGAGUCUUUCAUAUCAGCAAUUGACAAAGGGAACAUAAAAAUGAUGCCAAACAGAAGCAUGCCAGCUAAUCCUCAUCCCACUCCAGGUGCACUUCUAUUGGGAGAUGCUUUCAAUAUGCGUCACCCCUUAACCGGUGGAGGAAUGACCGUAGCCUUAUCUGAUAUCGUCUUGAUUCGGGAUCUUCUUAGACCAUUGCGUAAUCUCCAUGAUGCAUCCACUCUAUGCAAAUACCUCGAAUCAUUUUACACCCUCCGCAAGCCGGUAGCAUCUACUAUAAAUACAUUGGCAGGCGCUCUUUAUAAAGUAUUUUGUGCAUCACCUGACAAAGCAAGGCAAGAAAUGCGUAGUGCUUGCUUUGAUUAUCUAAGCCUUGGAGGGAUCUGCUCAGAAGGACCGAUUUCCUUACUUUCUGGCUUAAAUCCGCGGCCACUUAGCCUGUUUUUCCAUUUCUUUGGUGUGGCUAUUUAUGGCGUUGGUCGUUUGUGUAUUCCAUUUCCCUCACCAAAACGCAUGUGGCUUGGAGCUAGAGUCAUAUCAGGAGCAUCUGGAAUCAUAUUUCCCAUCAUAAAGUCUGAGGGGGUUCGACAAAUGUUCUUCCCUGCAACUAUUCCAGCAUAUUACAGGUCUCCUCCCAUUACAGAUCAAAGCAAAGUACUUGUGUAGGUUGUUCGAAAUUCGACUCAUGCUGCAUUGCAAGUUUCCGUCAAAUGUCCCCUGGUGCAUUGCUUUUGCAUGCCCUUGUUCACAUGUAAACUUCUUUUAAAUUAACUGAUACACUGUGACAUCGUGAAGAAGUUUUUAUAAUGUUAAGCAGGGUGGUCCUGAGAUUAACCGGACCUUGGUCAAAAAUCAA